GCUUCACCUCUGGGCAUCCCACGCUCUCUGCCGACAACCACGUACCGAGCAUACUCGCCAGCCCCGGCUUCGCCAUCGCCACGCACCAAGCCAUCGUACUUGACACGCUAUCUUUUCGUCUGCAGCAUCAAAGCCCAGUCGAUACCGCUAUCGAUAAUGCUCUCGUAGCUCCUGCGACACCCCGCCGCCCCGUCGAUGAAGACAACAUGAACUCGCUCUGGCCGUCCAAGGCCGCUCCCGACGGAGCAGAGACCUCCAGUGCCGCGCCCACCUGCCCAAACGAUGCCAUAGACAAUGGCAUAGCCGAUGUCGGUCCCAGCGCCGGCGCCGGCACGGGCAUCGAGGCCACACCCAUUGCAGAAGGGUCUCAACCUGGGCCGCCCCAAUCUUCUGCCUCACGACCUUCCCUACAGCGCGACCAGGCGACGACAGGUACGCCUGGGACACAAACGCAACCAUCAGCCGGCCAGCCUGCCGACUCACUCUCCCUCGCUCAGCUCAGACGGCUAGUCUCUGAGCUGCCACGAACCGAGACCGCUGCCUACGACUUCGAGUACACAGACACAGGACCGCACGCGGAAGAAAUCGACGAGUGGUUUCAGUAUCAACUGAGGCAAUGGAUGCGGCUAGACGCUGCGCAAAAAGAUUUCGAAUCGAAUUGGGACGAUGAGAUCAGUGCCAAGUACGACGAGGUGACAUGGGAAGAGGCGGCCCCAGAAUUACGCCUGCAAUAUGUCAGAGGACUUCUCGCAGCUGUCAACUCAUCUCCGAGCACCGCGGCUCGUGCUCAAGCCAUCGCUCGCGUGCUGUACAUCGUUCUCGGGAGAUGGUCGGAGACAGCGCGCUCUCCCACGGGCGACAAAUCCAGGCUUCGAAGCGUGGCGUCCCAAGGUCAGCUUGCCGCCAUCAAGUCUGGCGUGCAGAUCCUGCACGAGGCUGGGGGCUUGCCUGUGGUGUGGGAAGCCUUUCAGACUGCCGUUGCUGCUAUCUGGGUCGAUGAGCCUCUACGAAUACAACCGCCAAACGUGGCGCAAGAGGCUCAGGAUGUGCUGAUGAACCUGAUGACAAUCAUUUACAUGUGUGUACAAGAGACGAUUAACGAUCGCGAAGAGAUGGAAAUGGUGGCCGACACACUCGUGUCUUUGGAGCCAAGUAUCGCAACGUAUAUGGUCGGGGUAUGUGCCAAGAUCAGGUGGCAGGAAGCGCCAUCACUGCCGAUCACACAGACUCUGCUUUUAACGUGGAAAUCCAUUCUGCUCGUGUUCGGCGGCACUGAAGAUAUCGAAGAGGCCAAGCGUGCCCUCAAGGAGAAGGCAGACAACAAGGACAAGGACCUAAUUAUGGCUUCGCCCCUGGACUACCAUGUCUUCCGACAAGAGAUCACGUCAAAAUAUCCAUCGUAUGUACCACCGCGACCACCGAUACCUCUGGAAGCAGACAACAGUUCAUUGCUGCCUCACCUCCGAAACCACCCCACACGAGACAACGGAUCAAAUGGUAUCAUACCUGCACCUCCCGGAUCGCAGACCGGAGGGGCAUCCAUUUUGCACCAACCAGUUCAUAUCGCUACGCCGGCACCAUCGCCUCCACCCUCCCCAGCUGCUGGUGGCAAAGGCGGUAAGAAGCAGAACUACCAGACCAACCAGAACUUUCCGUUCAUGUACCCGCCGCUCGAUGCGACGAGCAACAGCGCUGGCGGUAAAGGCGGCGCCGGCCUCCAGGAGCUUCUUGUUGGACGCAAGUGGGAGGGCAGCGACGUGCCGGCAUCUGUGCUUGAGGCCGGAGAGCUUUUCUCAAGACGUGUCAGGAUGACUCGAGCCACACGGCAGCUCUGGGAGGAGCGCGAGAAAUUUCUCAAGUUCGAAAGAGGAUGGGAUACAUCAUAUGACGACAUAGAUGCUUUGGAUCUGGAUGCGCUUGAGGUCGAGGAUGAGGUGGACGACGACAAACUCCUUGAAGCGAUCGAGCAGAGGAGAAGGGAGGAACAGCAGAAGGAGAUUGACUUUGGCCCUGAUCCCAACCUGGAUGAACGAUUCAAGCAGCGUUUACAGACUGUUGAGAUGUUCUACGAGUCGACGUUACCACAACUUCAGUCUAUGAUCAUAGUGCUCAUGAAGGGCGUCCUGAACCAUGUCACUGCCUGCCUUUCUCCUCCCAAUGGCCAGCAACAUCCAGGUGUUCCUGGUGCGAAUGGUCGCGUCAAUGGUGGCCCCAUGCCGAACCGGCUGCACGAUAAUGGCGUAGGCAUUAACGGGACUGGUAAUGGCGAUUACCACGAGCUUUCAUCGCUGGAGGACCUCGACAGCAUACGGGCGCGAGAAAUUGAGUCGAAAGCCACGACAGGAAUCAUACUCUUGCUGCUGAAAUGGCUAAAGAUAUCUCAUGUCCUGAAGUUCGAAUAUCUCACUCAGCUACUCCUCGAUUCUAAUUACUUGCCACUGGUGCUGAAGCUGUUCGCGCACCAGGAUGUGCAGCAGGUUGUCGACAGCAAGACCGAUCGCCUGGAGCACAGCUUCUUCCACUUCUGCAACUCCCGAGCAUUCCCUGGCGAUCGCAUGCUGGUUGAGCCCACGGAGAUCGACGGACUAGACGACGACAGUGAGGACGAUGCAGCACCUCCGCCGAUCAGACGACGAAGAUCCCCAACAAGGACGGCAGCAGAAAUGGUUCCCUUGCCAGAUGCCUCGCAGAGGCAGGACAACCAGCUUGCCAUGCGUCCAGAAGUCGAUGAGCUGGGCUACCCAAUCAACCCGCUUCCGAAGGAGCCCAUCACCGACUUCUCCCGGCGGAACUUCUUCUCACUCAUCAACUACCUGCGCAUCAUGCAAAAGAUUUGCAAGAACAAGGCGCACCGCAAUUUGCUAUUGGUGCAGUACAAGUCGUCCAACAUUAUAAGAAAAUCAUUAAAGAUACCCCAACCAGAACUGCGACUCUACACGCUCAAGCUCUUCAAGAACCAGGUACCUUACUGCGGCAGAAAAUGGCGACAGAGCAACAUGCGUGUCAUCACCGCGGUGUACCUGCACUGCCGCCCCGAGCUCCGAGACGAGUGGCUGGCGGGCAGCGAUGUUGACGCAGAGGUUGAGGAGGCAUUGCCACUCGAGCAGGCCCUCCGUAGUCUGACGCACUGGUUCAAUGUCAGGCGGUACCCGGAUCAGAUGGCGGUCGAGGUCCGCGAGGCCCUGAGGGAAGAGCAGGACUUUUUCAAGCGCGAGCUGGAUAAGCUUGACUGGGAUGAGAUGCCAGGUGAGAGUGUCAAUGGAGACUGGGAGCAACAGGCUGGAGGUAUGGCAGGAUGGUGAGCGAGUUUGGGUCCAGGUGAUGUCGAUGUUGAUACUGCAUAAUCAUGCCACCGUAGCGAGCGGCGAGGCUUUCGACCACGACCCAGCAGUGACUGGUCACCUGUGAUCGGAUUGCAUUGCUCAAAGUCCAGGGCUGAGCGCUCACAGCCACGACUUCAUGCUUGUUUGACUGUAUCUACCUUGUGCGAGGACGCAUGAUCGUCUGGAAUAAACAAGACCUUUGUCACAAUGGAUUGGCGGCGUCUUCUUGUUCGGGAAGCUUUGUGCUGCGCAAAACUGUUGUUUGGUGUGUUUUGUCGCAGUCAACGUGGUGAAUCUGUCAACCAUUGGACAGAUUCAAGACUUUGGCAAGCGACACACUCUAUUGCAUGUUU